GUUGGGAUCCGCGAGCAGCUCAUGCUAAAGGUGCUACUGAACGGUAAACAGUGUUUACAACGAUGAAAACGACAACGAAACACCGCGUGUAUGCGUUAUUUGUUCCAACAAAAGAUAGCUGAAUAAGCGUGGACGUGUGUGAUGAUUUUAAUACUUUAUUAAUCCGCUGAUACUUAGCAUCGAUAGUCGCACCAUGGCGAAGAAUCCACUUGGAAAGACCUUGCUGAGGAACGUUAUUCGACACACCGAUGCCCACAAUAAGAUCCAGGAGGAGACAGACAUGUGGAAGAUGCGCGGUUAUGAGGUCCAAAUGUUGCAAAACAAACACUUUCCAGCAACAGAAAGUACAAGGGGCAGGAUGCACUGCGAUCGGGACCAGAGCGAGUUUGUGAGUCGAUCAAGGGAGCGCACAGAACACGAUGACAGAGACGCCAGAUACUGGACCCGGAAGCUUUACGACUUUGAGGACAAGGAUCCUGACCGAUGGGGACACAGCGGCUUCAAGGAGCUUUACCCGGAGGACUUUGAGAGUGAGAGUGAACACAGCGGUACCACAAAGAAGAGCAGAUCAAAAAAGUCCAAGUCUGCCAAAGAAACUUCGAAUUCUAAAAAAUCAUCUCGCAAGAAAAAGAAGAAAAAAAAGAAGCACGAUGAGGGAAGGCGGAAAAAGACGGCGUGUUCGAGCAGUGACAGCAGCAGUGAUGACAGCAGCGACGCCAAAGACAAAAAGAAAAGGACUAAAAAUCAACAUAAAAGGAAAAAAAGUACGAGGAGAAAGGAGGACAGCAGCUCGGGGGACAGUGACGAUGACAAAGAACGGGACAGAUGGAAACACAGUCGUAAAAGACGAAAGCAGGACUCGAACAAAGACUCGUCUCCUGACUUCAGAAAGAAGAGACGGAAAAACUCGAAGGCAGCAGGUGAAGACGGCUCGGAUGCAUGUCGAGACUGAGACACGGUGUUCUGAAAACGACCGCGGCGUCCUUUGUUCCCCUCAAUUGUGCAGAGGUACUUUCUCUGCAAGCUGCCCGGUCCGCUGUGACACCUUCAAGUCCAAACUGUUGGUGCAGCAGGAUCUUACCUUCCCUGCAGUGGGGUGAUACAUCAUGUCUGCACGCAGCUGUUGGGAGGAAAGAGGGAUCUUCAGAGCACAUCUGUUGAACAGUAAAACUCAUGUGAAGCUUCAGUGACUGUCCACGGAUACCUCAUGCGGACUGCCGCUUGUCCUCAUUUCUGUCUCAUUUUAAAGCUUUUUUUUUUAGAUUUUUAAAAUGUUUUUACAUCAGGAAUAAAGCAAUUUUGUUGAAAAAGGGGUUGUUCCGAUUGAUCAGGUGUUUGGAAACCAAGUCCAAAUGCUGCACAUAUUUGAAUUUACGACACAUACUUCAUCAAUAUUAUUCAUUAUUCAUCAAUAUAUUAUUCAUGGAAUCCCAGCAAAUAAUAAUGUGACCAUACUAAUGAAUUCAUGCUGCCAUUCCAGGUAUAUUUUUAGC